AUGGAAGAGGAUGUGGAGAGCACCAUCAUUGACACCAAUGGCGAUUGUUGGCUGCCUGUGCCAUUGAAAACCGGUGUCCGUUGUCGAACUGUGCGGAUGGUGGCAAUGGGACACGACCACUGCCUGAUCGUCACCGCGGAUUCACUGAUGUACUCUUGGGGCAAUGGCAGCAAGGGUCAGCUGGGCACAGGUUCCAUGCAGGCGGCGGACACCCCGCAGUUCAUCACCUACCCCACGGAUGUGCUGGACGUUGCUGCGGGUGAGGAGCAUUCUGCUUGCCUCAUUGAAGGAGGCGAAUGCUUCACCUGGGGCAAUGCAGCGGGCGGCCGCUUGGGGCUUGGCAGUUGUCUCACGGAUGGGGCAGGGCUGCUCAGUAGGGGAGUUCGGGGGAGGUUUUGUGGAUAUCGUGAAUAG